UGGAGGAACACCAUGAAGCUGGCAUACCUUUUCCUUGGCCCCAUGGCCUUCUUCCUCCUGGCUGGCUGCAGCUGUGUCCUCAGCACCUCCAAUGGGGACCUGCUCACCUUUGUGGGCUGUGCUGUGAGGGAGUUUACUUUCCUGGCCAAAAAGCCAGGCUGCAGGGGCCUUCGGAUCACCACGGAUGCCUGCUGGGGCCGCUGUGAAACCUGGGAGAAGCCCAUUCUGGAGCCCCCCUACAUUGAAGCCCAUCAUCGAGUCUGUACCUACAACGAGACCAGACAAGUGACGGUCAAGCUGCCCAAUUGUGCCCCUGGAGUGGACCCCUUCUACACCUACCCCGUGGCUGUCCGCUGUGACUGUGGGGCCUGCUCCACGGCCAGCACGGAGUGCGAGACCCUCUGAAGCUGGUGUGGCCGGCAGAACACCGCUGGAGGCCUUGAGCCUCACGGACCCACCCGCACAGCCAGCAUGAGCAGCUCUCCCGCUGGAUCCGAACACUGUCUAAUUUUGACCACCCCUGUGGCGGUUACCUGUCUCCCUUAGGUCCAGCUCGGGCACAAGGCCCAGAGGCAGCCUACCGAUG